UGAUCAUUGUGAUGGUGGCAGGAGCAGCGGCGGCAGCGGCAGCCCAGCCGAGCGUUAGGGGCUGCUCUCCGCGCGGCGUUUUGCAAAGGACUUCACCGAUCUACUUUUGCAGUCGCCUCGGACUGUCCAUGUGUUUACUUCCCCCAGCCCGAGGAUUCGAUAUCUAGGUUCCUGUGAAAUGCAACUGAGCAGCCAAAGUACUUUGAGAACACGGGGCGGCAUAAACACCAAAACUUUUUUUGUGGAAGGAAAAUGCAAUAAGCAAGCUUGCCGUUUUCCGAUGCGGUGUGGAGUGAGUGUGUGUCGCGCGUGUCCGCACUGGAGGCAUAUGCUUGUGUGUGUACAUGGGGUGUGUUUUUCGGUACGUAGGGAGAAAAUGCUUGCCAACCACCGGAAAUCUCCUGGAAUUUAUUAGAAAAUAAUGGAUUAUAAAAAGAAGGCAGGCGAAGAACGGAUCUUCUCUUGAGUUGCAACCCGAUUUGCUGCUGGCUCAGUUUGUUGUGAUUCUUUUUGUUGAUAGGUGUCUGAUGGUAUUCUGAUAACACCCCCCUUUUUUCCCCUCGAGCUUUACAGUUUAAAAAAAGGAAACAAAAAAAAAACCUCCCCAAAAUCUCUCCCCCUUUUUUUCGCCCGGUCGGGAUCGCUGUUUCCAUCCAUGUGCUUGCGUCUCCCCCGCGUUCCACUUAAACUAUUUUAAUCCUUGGACCCAAGGAGGAGGCUGAUAGGGGGUGGAUAAAAAAAGUUCUUCCAAAAUAGUGUGCCCGGGGAGCAGGAUGGGGGAUUUCGCAGCCCCCGCUGCUGCCGCGAAUGGCAGUAGUAUUUGCAUCAACAGUAGCCUGAACAGCAGCCUCGGCGGGGCCGGGAUCGGUGUGAAUAAUACUCCCAAUAGUACUCCCGCUGCUCCGACUAGCAAUCACCCGGCUGCCGGCUGCGGCGGCGGCGGCGGCGGCGGCUCCGGGGGCCCCGGCGGCGGCUCGGCGGCCGUCCCCAAGCACAGCACGGUGGUGGAGCGGCUCCGCCAGCGCAUCGAGGGCUGCCGGCGGCACCACGUCAACUGCGAGAACAGGUACCAGCAGGCUCAGGUGGCGCAGCUGGAGCUGGAGCGCCGGGACACCGUGAGCCUCUACCAGCGGACCCUGGAGCAGAGGGCCAAGAAAUCGGGCGCCGGCACGGGCAAGCAACAGCACCAGAGCAAACCCCAGCAAGAUGCGGAGGCUGCCUCGGCGGAGCAGAGGAACCACACGCUGAUCAUGCUCCAAGAGACUGUGAAAAGGAAGUUGGAAGGAGCCCGAUCACCCCUUAAUGGAGACCAGCAGAAUGGUGCUUGUGACGGGAGUUUUUCUCCAACUAGCAAGCGAAUACGAAAGGACAUUCCUACAGGGAUGGAAGCCAUCAACAAUUUGCCCAACAAUAUGCCACUGUCUUCGGCUUCUCCUCUUCACCAACUUGACCUGAAGCCUUCUUUGCCCUUGCAGAACAGUGGGACUCACACUCCUGGGCUUCUGGAAGAUCUGAGUAAGAAUGGGAGACUCCCAGAACUUAAAAUUCCUGUGAAUGGUUGCAGUGACCUGGAGGACAGCUUCACCAUCUUGCAGAGCAAGGACCUCAAACAAGAACCUCUAGAUGACCCUACUUGCAUAGACACAUCAGAAACGUCUCUUUCGAAUCAGAACAAGCUGUUCUCAGACAUUAACCUGAAUGAUCAGGAGUGGCAAGAAUUAAUAGAUGAACUGGCCAACACAGUUCCUGAAGAUGACAUACAGGACCUGUUCAACGAAGACUUUGAAGAGAAGAAGGAACCAGAGUUCUCGCAGCCGGCCACAGAGACCCCCGUCUCCCAGGAGAGCUCCAGCGCGAAGAGUGACCCAUCAUCUCACUCUCCUUUUGCACACGUCUCCAUGGGCUCUCCCCAGGCCCGGCCUUCUUCUUCUGGCCCUCCCUUUUCUACUGUCUCCACGGCCACCAGUUUACCUUCCGUGGCCAGCACUCCCGCGGCCCCCAACCCUGCCGGCUCCCCAGCAAACUGUGCUGUCCAGUCCCCUCAAACUCCAAACCAAGCCCACACUCCAGGCCAGGCUCCCCCUCGGCCUGGGAAUGGUUAUCUCCUUAAUCCGGCCACCGUGCCAGUGGCUGGUUCAGGGUCGGGGCCUGGGGCUGUGCCCGGCUCUGAGCUGUCUCCGGCUGAGCAGCUCAAGCAGAUGGCGGCCCAGCAACAGCAAAGGGCCAAACUCAUGCAGCAGAAGCAGCAGCAACACGCAAAUCAGACUGCAAGUUGGUCUCCUUUAGGGCCUCCAUCCAGUCCCUACGGGGCAGCUUUCACUGCGGAAAAACCAAAUAGCCCAAUGAUGUACCCCCAAGCCUUUAACAACCAAAAUCCUAUAGUGCCUCCGAUGGCCAACAACCUGCAGAAGACGACCAUGAAUAACUACCUCCCUCAGAAUCACAUGAAUAUGAUCAAUCAACAGCCAAAUAACCUGGGUACAAACUCCUCAAACAAACAGCACAGUAUUCUUACUUACGGCAACACUAAGCCUCUGACGCAUUUUAAUGCAGACUUGAGUCAGAGGAUGACGCCCCCGAUGGCCAACCCCGGCAAAAACCCUCUGAUGCCCUACAUCCAGCAGCAGCCCCCGCAGCCGCAGCCGCAGCUCCAGGCCCCCAGGGCACACCUGAGUGAGGACCAGAAACGCAUGCUUCUCAUCAAGCAGAAGGGAGUGAUGAAUCAGCCCAUGGCUUACCCGGCGCUUCCAUCCCACGGUCAGGAGCAGCAUCCGGUCGGGCUUCCCCGGACCACGGGCCCCAUGCAGUCCUCCGUACCCCCGGGCUCUGGCGGCAUGGUCUCCGGAGCUGGUCCAGCAGGGCCCAGCUUCCUGGGCAGCCAGCCCCAGGCAGCCCUCAUGAAGCAGAUGCUCAUUGAUCAGCGGGCCCAGCUGAUGGGGCAGCAGAAGCAACAGUUCCUGCGGGAGCAGAGGCAGCAGCAGCAGCAGAUUCUGGCGGAGCAGCAGCUGCAGCCGCCACAGUUACCCCGGCAGCACCUCCAGCGGCCACGCAACCCGUACCCAGUGCAGCAGGUCGCCCAGUUUCAAGGGUCUCCCCAGGACUUAGCAGCCGUGAGAAGCCAGACAGCCCUCCAGAGCAUGCGAACUUCACGGCUGAUGGCACAGAACGCAGGCAUGAUGGGACUGGGACCCUCCCAGAACCCAGGGACAAUGGCUGCAGCAGCCCAGUCGGAGAUGGGGCUGGCGCCUUAUAGCACCCCACCUACCAGCCAACCGGGAAUGUACAGUACGAGCACAGGAAUGACCCAGCUGCUGCAGCACCCAAACCAAAGCGGCAUGAGUAUCCCACACAACCAAGCCCCGGGGCCGCGGCAGCCCACCCCGGGGCAAGGGGUUGGGAUGGUGAGUGGUUUUGGUCAGAGCAUGCUGGUGAACUCGGCCAUCACCCAGCAGCACCAGCAAAUGAAGGGGCCGGUAGGCCAGGCCUUGCCCAGGCCCCAGGGCCCGCCGAGGCUGCAAAGCAUUAUGGGAACGGUCCAGCAGGGAACACAGAGCUGGCAACAGAGGAGCUUACAGGGGAUGCCUGGGAGGACUAGUGGAGAAUUAGCAUCAUUCAACAACGGCGCCAGCUACCCACUGCAAGCUGGCCAACCGAGGCUGACCAAGCAACACUUCCCACAGGGACUGAGCCAGGUGGUGGAUGCGAACACCGGCACGGUGAGAACCCUCAACCCAGCUGCCAUGGGUCGGCAGAUGAUGCCACCGCUCCCGGGGCAGCAAGGCACCAGCCAGGCCAGGCCAAUGGUCAUGUCUGGCCUAAGCCAGGGCGUUCCCAGCAUGCCAGCGUUCAGCCAGCCCCCGGCACAGCAGCAGAUGUCCAGUGGCAGCUUUGCCUCGAGCAGCCAGGGCCAAGGCUAUGAGCGGAACCCCCCUCAGGACCUGUCAUACAGUUACAGUGGCGACGCAGCCGGGGCGUCCUUCCCCAGCCUCUCGGACAGUGCCGACCUCGUGGACGCCAUCAUCAAAGGUGGGCCAGGGGACGAGUGGAUGCAGGAGCUCGAUGAAUUGUUCGGAAACCCCUAGUCAAGAGGGGCCCCAGCAGCCACAACUCUAGUGGUUAAAGCUUCAGCCGUGAAAGAGAAACAGGAUGUUGCAUCAUCCUUGUUUUUUUGUUUAUUUGACCUGCGUAAUCUGAGCAAAACUGCAGCCGGCUGACAGUGGAAGAUCCAGGUGCCAAUCCACAGCCCCGCCGGGCCUCAUUUCACCUGAUUUUCACACAGCAAUCAAGACAGACGCUCUGCGAAUCCCGCUGCGAAAGAGGGGGGCGCACCAUAGACAGGUGGGGAAGAUGAUUCCGUAGCCCCUCUGCUCGGCCCUCCCUGCGAUUGUCCGGCCCAGCAAGAGCCGCUCUGGCCAAGACAGACUGCUGCCUGACCCGAGGUGGCCAUCAGCCCCUCCUGGCCCUGGUCCAGAGGCUGUAGCUUUGGAGACACAAAGGAGAGAGAGCGCGGGACUGAGAGUCCCACGGAGCCUGCUGGGUGGUGGCACAAGCCAAGAGCACAUGUCAGAAAGGCGCUGAACUCCGGCUACAAAGAGACGUCAGGCUUCAAGACAUGCUAU